CGUGGAGGGGGGGGCGGUGGCGUAGGCGCGGUGGCUGCCGCUACUCGCAGGCGCUGCGGGGUCACCUCGCUGCUGCCUCCUGCCUGGGAGCGAGCCCGGCCCCGCCCCACCGCCCGCCAUUCCCUCCGUCCCUGCCUCCUUGCUGCCUGCCCGCUUGGUCUCGGUCUCUGGUCUCUCUCGGGGGUCUCCGCAGCUCGCAAGAUGGCUGACGGCCGCGACGUCGCCGCGGAGCAGCUGAAGCAGUGGCAGAGCCAGCGGGGCUCGCAGAGGCCAGAUGUCUUGACCACUGGAGCUGGGAACCCAAUUGGGGAUAAGCUCAAUCUUAUGACAGUAGGGCCCCGUGGUCCUCUUCUGGUUCAAGAUGUUGUUUUCACUGAUGAGAUGGCUCAUUUUGACAGAGAGAGGAUUCCUGAAAGAGUUGUGCAUGCAAAAGGAGCAGGUGCUUUUGGCUAUUUUGAAGUGACUCAUGAUAUUACGAAGUACUGUAAGGCAAAAGUGUUUGAACACAUUGGAAAAAGAACACCAAUUGCUAUACGGUUCUCAACUGUUGCUGGAGAAUCUGGGUCAGCUGAUACAGUUCGUGACCCUCGAGGGUUUGCAAUGAAAUUUUAUACAGAAGAGGGUAACUGGGAUCUUGUGGGAAACAAUACUCCUAUCUUCUUUAUUCGGGAUGCAAUGUUGUUUCCAUCCUUCAUCCAUAGCCAAAAGAGGAACCCUCAGACUCAUUUGAAGGAUGCAGAUAUGGUAUGGGACUUUUGGAGUCUUCGCCCUGAGUCUUUGCAUCAGGUGUCUUUCUUGUUUAGUGACCGUGGUAUUCCUGAUGGAUAUCGCCAUAUGAAUGGAUAUGGAUCACAUACUUUUAAACUGAUUAAUGCUAGUGGGAAAGCAGUUUAUUGCAAGUUUCAUGUGAAGACUGAUCAGGGCAUCAAAAAUCUUUCUGUUGAGGAAGCAGGAAGGCUGGCUUCUACUGAUCCUGAUUAUGGAAUACGUGAUCUUUACAAUGCCAUAGCCCAUGGCAACUACCCAUCCUGGUCUUUCUACAUUCAAGUUAUGACAUUUGAAGAAGCAGAGAAGUUUCCAUUUAAUCCUUUUGAUUUAACUAAGAUCUGGCCACAUGGUGACUACCCUCUCAUUCCUGUGGGAAAGCUUGUUUUGAACAGGAAUCCUGUCAAUUACUUUGCAGAGGUAGAACAGAUGGCAUAUGAUCCAAACAACAUGCCACCUGGUAUUGAACCUAGCCCUGAUAAAAUGCUGCAGGGUCGUCUUUUUGCGUAUGCUGAUACACAUAGACAUCGUCUGGGACCUAACUACCUACAAAUUCCUGUGAAUUGCCCCUUCAGAGCUCGUGUAGCCAAUUAUCAGAGGGAUGGACCAAUGUGCGUGACUGACAACCAAGGUGGUGCCCCAAACUAUUAUCCAAACAGUUUUACUGGUCCAGAAGAUCAGCCUGUUGUGAAGGAGAGCCGCAUGUGUAUUUCAGGAGAUGUGCAGCGUUUCAAUAGUGCAAAUGAAGAUAAUGUGUCUCAGGUGCGAGAUUUCUAUAUCAAAGUGCUGAAGGAGGAUGAACGUCAAAGGCUGUGUAAAAAUAUUGCUGAUCAUCUUAAAGAUGCUCAACUCUUCAUUCAGAAGAGAGCUGUGAAAAACUUCACUGAUGUUCAUCCUGACUAUGGUGCCCGUAUUCAAUCAUUGCUGGACAAAUACAAUGCUGAAAGUGGGAAAAAGGAUGUAAUUAAGACGUACACACAAGCCACCUCUCGCAUGUCUGCCAAAGAAAGAUCCAACUUGUAAAGUGUGCUACAGAGAUUUACCUUAUGAAUCUUGUUUCCACAUGACUGCAGGACAACUUGUUGAACAUGUUAAUGAAUGUAGCAAACUUCUGCACAAAUACAGCAGUAUUUUACAGGCUUGAUUUAUUAAGCUUUCAAGUGCCUGUAUCUGUACUGAAAACAGUAAGUUACACUAGCUAACAAUCCUAGUGCCUUUCAACACUAGUGCUUUACUGCUUGCUAACAAUAUAAAGUGUCUUCAAGGAAACUGAUUAAGAAGUUUUUCUAGAAAGAAACAUAAGUUUAAUCAAAGUGUUUCUUUAUUUUGUAACUACUCUGGCUAAAUCGCACAACGGAACUUGUCUAAUGAUACUGUGAUUAUCCUUGUGGAUGAACUUGUUCACAUUAAAAAGCUAAUACUGCUUAGUAUUGCUAAUAAAAUAGUUACCUGUAGGUAUUUGUAGACAUUUUGAGUUUAAUUUUUGCCUUCUAGAAGGAAAGUACAUAUGCAGUAAUUCUACUAAAACUGGUUCUUUCUUGUUCAUUAUAAAAAAAAAAAAAAAAAAAAAAAAUUAAAAAUGAAGCUGAAUAGGAAGUUGAUCCUAACUGAAGUUAAUCUCAACAUAUGUAAGUUUUAUUCCUAAUAAUACUUUAAGGUAAUAAAUCCAUGCAUAUUAGUGCUGGGUCAGAGAUCACCAUCUCCCUUGGAUCACUUGGGGCAAAUAUUUUUCUAAUUGUAUACGUUUUACAACAAAACUGAUUUACAUCUUACAAGUCCUUGGGGUGGGGGGGAUGUGGAAGUGUCCUUCCUAGUUUACAGGAAUUUAAAUAGAGAGAGACUAAUUUAAUAAAAACUAUUCCCAAUAGCUUUUGAAAUUGUUACUAGUAUAAUCUGAUGUUGCUAUUUGUCAAGCCCCAGGGUUGUUUUUCAGAAUUAAACAUUAACUGCAAUUGUAUGUUUGUUUAAAUGUGCAUGUAUCUAUGGAUAGAUAUAGGUAUAAAACCUGAUUUUAGAUGUCAGAAUUUUGUCUACUGCUUGUAAACUAAUUAAUUGGUACAAAAAAAAAAAAUGGAAACCUUUGAACUAUAAAGUAAUCACUCUUGGAUCCAAAGGUGUUUCUUUAGCUUAGUGAUACUUUUUGUCUACAAUAUUGGAGUAUAAUCUUUAAUAAUGUCUUAUGAAUCAAUGAAAAAUUAACGUUUAUAUUAGAAUUUAAAGUUCAGAGUGCAAUUAAAUGAUAAUUAUGUAAUUUCUGGUCUUAUCUCACUUGAAUAUGUAUGGUGUUAGCCUAAGGAAGUACGCUGUCGGCAUCUGAAUGCUUUACCAUAUGUGCAUAAAACAAAGCCAAGGCUUAAGCUAUUGUUUUAUAAGGGUUGAAAUCCCACUGAUUUUUUUUUCCUCAAUUAUUUGGAAAGUGUUUCCGAGUUAUGGGAUAACUGAUGUUCAAGCUAACUGUUGCAGUUUAGAACAAAAAUCCGUCCUACCCAUUAUAUGUUGAAGUUAGUCCUAACAGUCCAAGAAAUGUUUCUGAACUGUGCUCAGUAGGAUCAGGCAAUCUGCCAUGCAUCUAAAAUCCUGGCAAGUUUUAAUAACUACUUUGCCUGUUAUUUCUCCCUCUUCCUUUGCCAAAGAGAAAGAUCAGUGCACAUGUGUAACUGGUCCAGAUUCUAGUUAUACAGCAUUACUUCCUUUUCCUUUCCUUGUUUGUCUGCUAACAUAGCUUCACUAGCAUUCAGAUUGGAAGAAGCAUGAUGAUACAAAGGAUUUCAGAGCCCAGCUAAUAGAUCUUAAGCAAGUAUGUCAACUUCAAUUCAUAAAAUCAAUAUUUGAUUCUUCUGAGGAUCUAUCUUGAGUUGUAUUUUGAAUAGGUAUGCUUCUUGAUUCAACUUUCAAGUAUGGGUUCGCAUUAUGAGAACUGAUGGCAGAUUGUUAUUAAAAAGUUGUUAGUGCUUUCACUAAAUAGAAACAUAGCUGUUAGAAUGCUGUCUACUGAUCUGUUGUGAAAAGCCAUCUGUGAUGCAGUAAAAUAAAAUUUUAGUUUAUUUUACCCUAUUUGCCUGAUCAGGCUGGUGGGAGCUGGAAGAGCUGUGUGGCUUGGUGGGAGUAUUUCUCUGGCAGAUGGAAUCCUAAUGAGUCUCGGAAAAGAGUAAGCAAGACUUAAUCUUUAAUUUUGGUGGUCUCUGCUGAAUGGAUAAUACUGUCUUUCUCUUAUUUCUGAAAUAAAACCAUUUAAACAAC